GGGUUUUGGCACUUUUUUGUGUCCGAGGGGGUGGGGGAUUUGUUGUUUUUUGUUGCAUCAGUUUUGCCCGUGGGGUGGGGGAUUAGUAAGGUUUUGACAUUCGUGGACGAGCGAGGACUGAGGCGAGUGAGUCGCACCCAUGUGCUUUAGGCGGAUUCAAGAUGGACGACAUUAAGAUUCUCGUAGAGUUUGGAGUCUCCAAAAAAGUGCUGACCAGCUCUGGAGAGCACCAUGAAGUAAUCAAUGUUAUUAAAACUGCUUUUAAUAUCAAAGAAGAGAUUUUUCUACAAAAGUUUGACCAGGAUUGGCAGGAGUACAUUGAUUUUCCAGAAGGAAAGUUUGAAAACAAAGCAAGAGUAAAGGUUAUAUUGAAGCCAAAUAAAGAGGUUCCAGACACCCCAGCAACAGCAACACCAAGCAGCACAUGUACUAUAUCAACAACAGGUAAUCCCUUAAGACAAGAGGCACAGGUGCAGGCUACUCUUCUAAUCAACAAUGGGAAAAUCCAAGUUGGCCCAAAAGCCAAGGUUUGUGAUAUUAAGUGUGCAACAUUGAUUGACUUUGGCAAGCAUAUCCUUGGUGAAUGUGUUGUUGAACUGGGCUCCUCUUAUAAACGUUACUUUCCGUUAGUUAAAUACAAAGCAGAACAGGCUGUUAGAAAAUUGUUACAAAUGCCUGUGACUAUUGUUCAAAUGACUUUAAAUGGACCCGGGUCACAGAGAUUAUAUGUUCUAGAAACAUUGCAAGGCGUUGAUAUCUGUAGGGUUAUUAAGAUGGCUGAGAAAUGUUUCCAAGGAAAGACAUGUUUUGAGUCUGGGAUGUCAAGGGAGGUGUUGAAAGACUUGUGUACUUUGGCAAGUUCAGAAUCUGAUAGACUUCUCAUAAAGUACGCAUGCUGUAAAGGGCAAAACCUAUCAAAGAACAAGGCAAGAAAUUUGUAUGGUUUCAGUGACUUCCAUAAGCAAGAAUCUAGAAUUAAUAGUACUUUAGAAGAGUUUAAAGAAAUAAGAGAUGCAGUUGACACCCUUGCAAAAGUUCAAGAUAAAGCUGUCUUAGAAGGAUUUGGACUCACAUAUUCAGAUGAUGACAGUGCAGAGGACCAACUGUCUAGUUCAGAAGGAACAGACUGUGAAUGGAUAUCAGAAGAUGAGAAGAACAAGGGACCUGUGAAGUUCCAAACUGCUUCUGCAGAUGUUAAUCUUGCUGUUACAAACAAGUCUCAGGACAAGUCUCAACAACCUAGACCAGCUGCAGAUCCUGAUGUCCCUUUAGAAAAGAAUAGAACACUUGUAUCACCUGUGCCUUCAAUGGAUCACCUUUUACUAAUGCUCAGAGACAACACACUCAAUUGGUUUGCCUUUGUGGCAGAGCUACGGAUGUUACUGCGAAAUUACUCCGAAGAGACUUUGGUAUAUGCAUUGACUGAGUUCAGUGACCAUCUUGAGAAUAUGGAUUUGACAGUUGAAGAGAAAGAGAGUGUGGAGAUGUCAAGACAAGCCUACCUUGAAUAUGAGAGACAGAAAGCAAUGGGAGAUGAUGCAUGGGUGAGUGAGAGUGACUCAGACACUAUUGAUCCUGAUAGUGUUGUGACUGAUGACCUGAAUGAACAA